UAAAUUUUUAUGGAAUAAAAUCAUUUUUAUGUCUAUAUAUUUUUAUUCGGAAUGUAAAUUAAUUUAUUAAAACUGUAACAACAGUUUAAAACCAGAAAUCAUUUGCUUCAUCGGUACGUUCCGUAUGCUCCUCAGUCAGUAUGUCGGCUCUGUUCAAUUUUCAAAGUUUGCUCAGUGUUUUAUUACUCUUGAUUUGCACUUGCGCUUAUGUUAGAUCAAUCGUUCCUAGUAUACUCGAUCGGAAUAAAGUCGGAUUACUUGGGACAUUUUGGAAAUUAGCACGGAUCGGCGAACGUAAAAGUCCAUAUGUUGCAGCAUGUUGUGUGAUAAUGGCAUUUUCCAUAUUAUUUUCUUGAUGCUGACGUUAUUUUACUGUGAUUUACUGUUAAAAUAAAACCUUAUAAAUGUAAUGUUUCAUAUAAAAGGACGAUGAAAUCCAAAA